AUGACCAUUGUUCUGAAGUUACCCGCAGGUGAUUGUAUUGGAGCCGUGCCAGACGCUGCAUUAGCUGCAUUGAAAAAUCACAAAGAUCUUGGCAUCCACACGGAGAUGUUCUCAGAUGGUGUGCUGGAUCUGCUGGCGUGUAAUGCCAUUACCAACAAAAGAAAGCAUAUACGUCCUGGCAAGCUGGUGGUCUCCUUCGUCUACGGUACUAAGCGGUUGUACAACUUCUUGAACAACAACCCGCUAGUCGAAUUCGGAGAUGUCCAAUGGGUCAACGAUCCUGCUAAGCUAGUCGAAUUCGGAGAUGUCCAAUGGGUCAACGAUCCUGCUAUUAUCCGACAGAAUCCCAAAGUCGUUGCGAUCAAUUCAGCUGUUGAGGUUGAUCUCACUGGUCAAGUGGUCUCCGAUUCAGUUGGCAAACGGUUUUUGUCCGGUUUCGGCGGGCAAGUAGAUUUCAUCCGUGGAGCAGCCGUCUGUAAUGAUGGCCUUGGCAAACCAAUCAUUGCUCUUCCAUCGGUUUCGAAGAAAGGCCAAAGCAAGAUUGUACCCUACAUACAGCAGGGAGCUGGUGUUGUCACAUCUCGAUCUCAUGUACACUACAUUGUCACGGAAUACGGUAUUGCUCAACUAUGGGGUAAGAAUAUGCGGCAAAGAGCGUACGAACUCAUCAAGAUCGCUCAUCCAUCUCACCGUGCAGCAUUGGAAAAGGCAGCCUUUGAAAGAUUGAAGGUACGGACAAGUACGAGCUUGUCACAGCUUCGUUCCAGAGUGUCUUGUUGGACCCAACCUCUAGAUAUUGCUGGUUUUGCGCAGUGCACAAAGCGCGCCGAAGGGUCACGCCUCACUUCAUAG